AUGGGAGGCCAAGAGAAGCUCAGACCAUUGUGGCGCCACUAUUUCCAGAACACACAGGGCUUGAUAUUCGUGUUAGACAGCUCUGAUUUGGAGCGAAUGUCAGAAGCCCGGCAACAACUUUUCAGCGUCCUUGAAAGUGUUGAAAUGGAACGUGUGCCUGUGGUUGUCAUCGCCAACAAGCAAGAUCUUCCAAGAGCACUCAAGGCUCACGAAAUUGCUCAACAACUGUCCCUCUUGCAGCAUAAAGCGAACCCAUGGCAUGUUCAAGAAACCUGUGCUAAGAAUGGCGAGGGUAUAAACGAAGCUGUGCACAAGCUGAGCGACAUGGUCAAGGAAUUUGAAAAAAGUUCAAGAAAAUACUGA